AUGGAUGCUUCCCAAGAAAUUCAGCCUACAGGAGGGUUCAAAUGUCAGCUGUGCAGCUUAACAGUUCUGUGCAUGUCCUGCUUUUGGAAGAAGCCUGUCAUGAAGGAUCCUUUCACCCCUAACAAGGACAAAUUCCUCAUCCUUGGGUUUCAUUGCAGAUUGUGUAGCAGAUCAGUGUUCAUUGGUACACAAUGUAGUCUGUUCUACUCCAAAAGGUUCAACCUCCACUGUGUGAAGGAAGACCUAAAGGCCUCUCCUUUGGAAAUACAAGAAGAUAUGGAUAAAAGAAAGCCCCAGCAUAAAUCCUGA